AUGUUUUUCAAUGCAGUUUUAUUAUUGAGUACUAAUAGUAUUAAUUUUCUAUUUUCAGGUUUGAAUCCUUACGUUACAAAUGAUGGACAAACUGUAACUUACCACUGCGACAAAUGCCCGGAGACUUUCCUUGAUCCUAAAAAAUUGACCAAACAUAGGAGAGAUGUUCAUGGAUUAUAUAAGUUGAUAUGUAAUAUGUGUGAUGCAUCUUUAAUGAACAUGCAUUUUCAUUAUGCGAAACAUUUAUACUAUACACAUUAUUUCGAUGGGAAGGGAUGUUUUGAGUGUAAGACCUGUGGCAAGUUCUUAAGUUGUGAAGAAUCUCUGCAGAGGCAUAUGUUAAUACAUGAUACUCGGGAAAUUAUACAGUGUCAUGAUUGUGGCCAGAAGUUUACAAUGGCUGCGAAUCUGAAAAUACAUCAAGAGCUGCAUAAGGACAAUCCGAACCACCAGGCUAGAAAUCGUUUAGACGAGUCCAAGAAGACUCACCAGUGUGUACAUUGCGGAGUGCGUUUUGCCCGUGACGCCCAUGUGAAACGUCACAUCCUCACACAGCAUUCAAAUGCACAUGUUGUAGAAGCUACAAGAGAGGAGGGAAGAAAACGUAUUCGUGCACAUAGAGAUAAGAAGGGGAUAAUUCCCAAACGUGGUCCUGGAUUUAUGCCAAAGAUAGAGGGUGAGACGUCUGCUCAAGGAAGGGCUAGGCGAAAGGCAAAUAAGAAGAUCGCACAGGCAGCCGAAGCUGCAAUGAGAGAGGCGCGAGAAAAAUUUGGUGCUCUAGCAGCUCAGCAGCAACAAAAACAAAAACAGCAUGAACCAGCACAAUAUGAUCCCAUCCCAGCACACUCAUCACACUCUCUACCUUCUCCUUUACCCACCCAGGUACCAUUACAAGGACCAAUGGCACCCCCCAUGCAUCAACUCCAACCUCAGAUGGCUCCUGCAUCAAUGCCUCAGCCAUCACAUUCUCAUUCAUAUUCACACACACAGCUAGGUGGUCUCCCCCAACCAGGUGGUCUUCCUCCACCAAAUCCCAUGCAUAACCAGAUAUCUGUGCCCAUGCACUCUCAGAGACCAGGACCACCUCAUGCCCACAGUUCAUCUAUGCCACAAAUGCAUGUCAAUAUGGAACAGUACUAUGGAGGAGGUUCAGCACCUAGGGACAUAUUUAACUACUUCAAGUUAUGA